GCCAUGCAUGUUCCACAGUUCAUCGGCCUGCAUGAACUGACCAAUCGGCGUUCGGAAAUAUGUAUCGAACGACAGGCCAUGUGCCGAGGUACUCUAAUGUCAACAAUCAAGCAUCACGAUCGGCAAAUCUGGUACGAUGUUCGCCCAGGGAGCAGCGCUAGUUGUAACCAUGGACAAGAUUGUAUUUGAGGUGGUAUCUUACGUCUAUGUGUUUUGGGCAGUUGUCGUAUUUAUAUCGCUACAGUUUGUCAACGCGCCGUACGGACGUUACACACGAGGAGGAUGGGGUCUGCAAAUAAAUGGAAAACUGGCUUGGUUUCUGCAGGAGAUUCCGUCCAUUCUAGUCCCAUUGUACCUACUGCUUAUUACAGACUCUCCUAGGAUCUCGCACACACCUAACAGGAUAUUGCUAUCAUGUUUUAUUAUUCAUUAUUUACAGCGGGCACUGAUAUUUCCAUUUCUGAUAAGGGGAGGUAAGCCGACUCCUCUGGUUCCAUUUGUCCUUGCCCUUGUUUUCUGUCUUGCGAAUGGUUACGUCCAGGCAGGACACCUCCUCUACCAUGCAGAGUUUGGGGACAGAUCAACAUUUAACCCGCAAUUCUACUUAGGUCUAGUUAUGUUUUUUGCUGGAAUGUUUAUAAAUAUACAUUCUGACCACAUUUUGCGCAAUCUCAGAAAACCAGGGGAGAAGGGAUACAAAAUUCCACAAGGAGGAAUGUUUAAGUAUGUGUCUGGUGCUAACUUCUUUGGAGAGAUGUGUGAAUGGUGUGGUUUUGCUGUGGCCUGUGGUACUCUGCCAGCAUACAGCUUUGCUCUGUUCACUGUGUGCAAUAUUGGACCACGUGCCUGUCAACACCACAGAUAUUACCUGGAAAAGUUUGAAGACUAUCCCAAGGAGAGAAAAGCUGUGAUUCCAUUCUUGAUCUGACCUUGUUAAUCUCAUGUUGUUGUCCUAUUACCAGUUUCUUCAUACACUAUACAUUGGUUCUGUGAUUUCAUGUUACUUUAUAUAUUUCUGCUUGAUAUAAAACAAGAGUUUACACCUAAUGUAA